AUGGCGGACACGAUGUUGCUGUCGUCCGCCGUCCGUCUCCCCACCCCACCCCCAGGUGGUUCCUAUUCACCAGGCCCUUCAGCACCCAGAAAGAGAUCCCCUCCUUCACGCUCACCUUCUCCUAAACGUCGCCGACCUGCGCCCGUUGAAGACAAUGACGAGCGGAAAACGAGGGGGGCAGAACCGGAGCGCGAGAUGGACGAGCGGGAGAGACAAUUGCUCGCCAGGUUCAAACCUAGAGAAUCAGAUGAAGCAAGACGGAAACCCUUGACUGCGGAAGAAAAACAAGCGGCCGCGAAAGCCGAGUACGAGAAGUUACUCACCAUGCGCUCAGGUGGCACCUAUAUACCUCCAGCGAAACUGCGUGCCUUGCAGUCACAAAUCACCGACAAGUCAAGCAAGGAGUAUCAGCGGAUGGCUUGGGAGGCCCUAAAGAAAUCAAUCAACGGCCUCAUUAACAAGGUCAAUGUCUCCAAUAUCAAGCACAUCGUCCCUGAAUUGUUUGGUGAAAACUUGGUCCGCGGUCGAGGAUUGUUCUGCCGCAGCAUCAUGAAGGCCCAGGCCGCUUCCUUGCCCUUCACCCCUAUCUAUGCAGCGAUGGCCGCUAUUGUCAACACAAAACUGCCUCAAGUCGGGGAGCUGCUCCUCAACCGGCUGGUCGUUCAAUUUCGCAAGGCCUUCAAGCGCAACGACAAAGCUGUCUGCCUCUCUUCCACCACCUUCAUCGCUCAUCUGUGUAACCAGCAAGUCGCUCACGAGACUCUGGCUGCACAACUGCUUCUAUUGCUUCUACACAAGCCGACCGACGACUCUGUGGAGAUUGCGGUUGGCUUGACGAGAGAAGUGGGCCAACAUUUGGAGGAGAUGAGCCCACCGAUCGCACUGGCUGUUUUUGAUCAAUUUCGAAGCAUUCUGCAUGAGGCUGAUAUCGACAAACGAGUCCAAUACAUGAUAGAAGUUCUGUUCCAGGUCAGAAAGGAUCGGUACAAAGACAAUCCGGCGAUUCGGGAAGACCUCGAUCUCGUAGAGGAAGAAGAUCAAAUUACGCACCAAGUCGACCUUGAUGAUGAUAUUGAUGUCCAAGAUUCGUUGAACAUUUUCAAGUACGACCCACAGUGGGAAGAACAUGAAGAGGCGUAUAGGAAGUUGAAAGCCGAAAUCCUCGGGGAAGAGAGUGAUGAUGAGGAAGAGGGUGAUGAGAGUGGCUCUGAUGAGAGUUCCGAGGAUGAAGAGGCCCAGCAAGAGCGUGCAUUGGAAAUCAAAGAUCAAACAAACACAGACCUGGUCAAUUUGCGAAGGACAAUUUACUUGACAAUCAUGUCCAGUCUCGAUUUCGAAGAAGCUUGUCACAAGCUGAUGAAAAUUCAACUCCCGGCGGGGCAGGAAUCCGAGUUGCCUUCCAUGAUCAUAGAAUGCUGCUCUCAGGAGAAGACAUACUCGAAGUUCUUUGGCCUUGUCGGUGAAAGAUUUGCGAAACUAAAUCGACUCUGGACAGACUUGUUUGAACAAGCCUUUGCCAAGUACUACGACACAAUUCACCGAUAUGAGACAAACCGGCUGCGGAACAUCGCUCGAUUUUUUGGACAUCUGUUGGCCACCGAUGCUAUUGGCUGGCACGUGUUUUCUGUGGUGCAUCUCAAUGAGGAAGAGACCACUUCCAGCAGCCGUAUCUUCAUUAAGAUACUGUUCCAGGAUCUGGCUGAAGCCAUGGGACUGCCUGAGCUUCAGAAGAGGAUGAAGGAUGAAAUUCUUCGACCCAGCUAUUCCGGAAUUUUCCCGACAGACACACCCCGCAACACACGAUUCGCCAUCAAUUAUUUUACGUCCAUCGGCAUGGGCGCCCUCACAGAGGAAAUGCGUGAACAUCUCAAGAGUUUGCCUAAACCGGAGCCCCCCGCUCUCCCGGCACCAAAAGACGAAAUCUUGGAUUCAGAGAGCGUCAGUCAUCCACAAGAAAUCCUCCUCGCCGGGCCGAUAGAAGGCCUCGGUCGUCAACUCCAGAUGAUCGGGCGAAAGGCAAAGCACGUGGCCGGCGUGCCUCCGAUUCACGAUCGAGAUCCCCACCUCCAGCCCGAGGUGCAAAAAGACGAGGAGAAAGCUACAGCUCAUCACUGUCGCGAUCCCGCUCUCGCUCGGCUCGGCGACGUGCGCUACCGAGAAGAGGAUCACGCUCCUUUUCAGCCUCUCGAAGUCCUCCGCCAAAACGAAGACGAGACACUAGCCCUCCGCGCGGACGAGCACAUCCCGCUCUCCGCCAUCACGCCAAGCCAGUCCUGUUGUACAUCCAUCUCGACGGCGCAACUUCCCACCUUCAAGACCAAAAUCCAGAUCGCGUACGCCACCGCGGUUCAACCGUCGGACAGCAGCAAGGAGAAGUCCAAAUCGCAGCCUGUCGCGGUCGCCAUCGCGGUCUCCACCCCCCAGGCGUAG